AUGGGUCGACCAUCAGCAAAUUAUCCACGUCUUCUGAAAAUUGAAAUGCCAACGAAGAUUGGCGCACAAAUGCUCAUUCGUAACCGUGGCCGCCUCCGAGAACAUGCGCAAUUCAAAAACGUCCGACUCCGCGAAUCCUUAUCCUCUGCUGGCCUUAAAGCGAAAAAAGAACUGGAAGAAGAAUGCAAAGCUGAAAGAACGAGAACAGGUCUCGAUUAUAUAAUUUAUGCUGGGAAAGUUAUUAAACGGGAUGAAAUCCCAAAUUUUCGCAAAAUUUAG